UUCUUUUGUGCAUAACACGUCGACUUUAACCCUUUCUCGUCCAUUUGAACAGCGGGAUCAUUUAUUCGCAAAGGAUGGAGUUUCGCAAUUCUCUGUUCUAGAACCAAAAUGUCCUGUCUCGGGUAUGCUGGUCGGGCCGCCUGCCUCCUCCUGCUGGGGACCUGGUGGACAUACCGAGUCCUCUGCCGCUACUUCUUGGGGCAGGAGAAGGACGAGGCUUGGCUUCGAGGGGGAAAAGUCGGCACAAUACCGCAGUACAGCUUCCUUCAGCUGUGCGCGACGGUCGUGGGAUCACCUGGAGGCGAUGCUGAAGGUGCUGGUGCCGCUCUUCGCUUUGACAGACGAACUCAUCUCGGGCUGGGCGGAGUCGAGCAUCCAUUCCGGUGUCGACCACGCCCACCAUGGCAUGACCUACUUCUUCUUCAUGCUGUCUGGCCUGGCCGACCUCAACCCGACCUUCCUUCCGGACCUUGAUUACGUCACUCUCAUCCUCGCCACCGUCAUGCACGCCUUCUCCAUUUUCUAUGACUUGCAUGGGCGGAAUUCAUUGGACUCUGAGGUUCAUAUGAUGUUGUUCUACUCGUCGUGUGGCCUGCCGGUGUCCACGGCCUUGGAGAUGUGCUACAAGAACAACGUCUUUGCCCGCGCUUGUCGGAGUUAUUUCACGCUUUUGCAGGGAACAUGGUAUUACCAAGUGUGGCGCCUGACCUCUCACCCUGGCGAAGAAUGGGAAAUCUACAGUCCUUCGCAACAGCUGGUUUCCCUGCUCUUCACAUGGCACGUGGCCGGCGUUUUCUUCCUGGUGAUGGUCUGCGUGGCGUGCGUGAGGAGGAGUAGGAUUCCAGAACCGUUUUUGCCGUCUAAGAUAUUGCCUCGUUGAAGAAAAUGUCGGGCUGGGGGUUGGGCUGUGUGAGGAGGGAGGAAUACACGCAGGGAUAAAAUGAGGUGGAAAAGAUGAAGGAAAAUGGUCAUUACUUUCUGAAAAAUGUAUCGUGUUUUGAGUAGGAAUUUUGUGGUUCGAUUUAGUGACCAAUCUGUAACCUCUCACUGCAUGCAAUGAAAAACACAAUACCGUGUUGAUAAUAUGGAAAAAAAACCCACAAUGCACAAACUAGAUUUAUUGAGGAAAGUGAGACAACAGUUUCGGAAUCGUCCUCGAUUCCAUCUUCGGGUCCAACCUCUCACUAAUAACAAUGUCAUUUUCAUUACUCCGUCACCUGAUUACGUGUGUGAGUAUACGUGCGUUUUUGUGUGUGCAUUAUUUAUAUAUAUAUAUUUCUAUUUUUUUGUCACAUGUGUAUUGUAUCACCGUAAGUCGUGCCUUUGUCGUAACGUGAUGAAAGUAUUAGAGGAAUAUACAGCCUCAUAAAAAUGGUGUUAUAUCUAUCCAUCAUAACAACAGGUGAGCUGUGAAAUAAAUACAAUAGUAGAUUCUGGUUGAUCACAUUUUUUGUAUGUAUUUUAAAAUAAAAUAUCGCAAUGU